AUGGCUGAUAAUACCCGAGCUGUCUUCUCAGCUCUCGACAAUGCUAAGACUCAACUCUACCAUUUUAAAGCAAUUGUCAUCGCCGGCAUGGGAUUCUUCACUGAUGCUUACGAUCUCUUCUGCAUCAGUGCUGUCACAAAGCUUAUAGGACGGCUAUACUACUAUGAUCCAUCAAAAGGCAAACCGGGAAAACUCCCAACAAAUGUCAACAACGCCAUAACCGGUGUGGCAUUAUGUGGAACACUUGCAGGGCAACUUUUCUUUGGAUGGCUUGGAGACAAAUUGGGGAGGAAAAAAGUUUAUGGUAUUACCCUUGUCACAAUGGUGGGGUGUGCCAUAGCUUCAGGCCUCUCAUUUGGCUCCACAGCUCAUAGUGUGAUUGCUUGCCUAUGCUUCUUCAGGUUCUGGCUGGGGUUUGGCAUCGGAGGAGACUACCCGCUUUCAGCCGUGAUCAUGUCGGAAUACGCCAACCAAAAAACCAGAGGGGCGUUCAUCGCCGCCGUGUUUGCUAUGCAAGGAGUGGGGAUUUUGUUUGCAGGGGUUGUGGCCAUGAUCGUUUCUAAGGCGUUCAUGGCUGCUUACCCAGCUCAUAACUUCAAUACAGAUGCUGUUUUGUCCACUCAGCCACAAGGAGAUUUUGUUUGGCGGAUUGUACUGAUGUUCGGAGCAGUUCCAGCGGCUUUAACCUACUACUGGCGGAUGAAGAUGCCGGAAACCGCUAGAUACACCGCCUUGGUCGCCGGAAACCACCAGAAGGCAGCUGCGGAUAUGGCAAAA